AUGUUAGAUGCCGUGGACACCUUCCUUCUGAUCAUGAUAACUGGAGAGUUCAUAAUGGGGGUUUUGGGGAAUGGAUUCAUUGCACUGGUGAACUUCAUUGACUGGGUCAAGAAACGGAAAAUCUACUUGGUUGAUUUAAUUCUUACCAGCCUAGCCAUCUCAAGAAUUGGCCUGUUGUUUAUAAUGCUAUUAAAUAUCUUCAUAAUAAUUUUUUAUCCAGAGGCAUUUGACUGUGAAAAUAUUUUGAAAAUUAUGGAUAGCUUCUGGACAAUCACCAACCAGUUAAGUGUUGUGUUUUCUACCUGCCUUAGCGUAUUCUAUUGUUUGAAGAUAGCCAAUUUCUCUCACCCGCUUUUUCUCUGGCUGAAAUGGAGAAUGAACAGAGCGAUUCUCAUAAUCCUACUGGCAUCUUUACUCAUAUCUGUAUUCAUUAGCUUCCUAAUAACAGAGAAAUUUAAGGAAGAUUUCAAGAGUUGGGAAAGGAGAAAUGACAAGAGAAAUAAUACAAGGAACUCUGCCUACUUUAACACCCUGAUUUUUCUCAAUCUGGGGACUCUCUUUCCCUUUACUGUGUCCCUGAUUUCAUUUUUCCUGUUAAUCUUCUCCAUGUGGAAACAUACCAGGAAUAUAAAGCUCAAUGCCGUGGAUGCCAGAGAUCCCAAAACAGAGAUCCAUUUGAGAGCCAUGAAAACUAUGAUCUCUUUCCUUGUCCUUUUUGUUAUUUACUGUUUGUCCUUUCUCAUAGCAUCAUCUGGCUACUUUUUCCAACAGAGUGAAAGAGCAGUGAUAUUUGGUGAGAUCAUUGCUGCCAUCUACCCCUCAGGCCACUCAUUUAUCCUGAUUUGGGGGAACAUUAAGCUGAGGCAGAUGUCCCUGAAUUCACUGAAGCAGAUGAAGCAUUGUCUUAAAGGAUGGAUAUCCCUAGUGCCCUAA